CUGACGAUCAGGGUAUGAGGUGUGAGAACCAAUAAAGGACCAUGCUGUACAGUCUCUUCAUUUCUGCCACCUUGAUUACGAUUUUCGCGCCGCUCAGAGAAUCGUCUAAUUUUUAUACAGACGUACUGAGUAUGCUGAAAUUCAAGUUCGGCGAUUAUGUGGUCACCCCGGCAUCGGACAAGUAUGAGUCGGUAACACCGUACCACUGGAUGUUUGCCAUUUCCGACACGGAGGUGACGGGAGUCUUCGGGAGACCAUAUUUCAACUCUUACGCUCACAUCUAUAUAAUUCCCAAGGAAAGUAAUGUCGGUCACUGGAGAGCCAAACGAGUACCACGCAACCCGAAGCGACCCAACAUGAGCCUCAAAGGAGCCAUCCUUGCGAGACGUCUCAAUGGCCAAAAGGUUUAUUAUGAUCUACUUCGUUGCAACUGCAGACACUACGCAAGAUACUUCGCCUACGGGAGCGUGUUCGGGUCCAUCAAGAAAAUCUCAGGUUUGCCGAUCAACAAGAGUUGUCCUUUACACAGAGUGAUCGAUGAAGACACGGAUGUCAGGUCGGCGAACUUUACCUUGAAGGAUGGGUAUGGCGUUGAGCAUGACAUUUUAUUGCCUUACAAGACCAAUAUGGAGCCGAAUGUACGUGUCCCGCUAAGGGCUUAUCUUAACCCUAAGUUGACUAAGUUGGUGAUUAAAAAGUGGUGGCAAUAA